AUGACCAUUGAAGCCGCGGCCUCCACCUCUGCCGGCUCUGUAGCUCCGCGCCGCGUGGUCUUCUCAGGCGCGGAAGUGAUCGAGUACGACGCGGAUCAGGCGCCCGUGGUCAAGCUGUGCGGCGCUGCGGGUGCACCGGACGGCGGCGCCCUGGCCCUCGAAUGCCAGGCACGAGGCCUCGUCGACUCAACCGCCGCCAACAUCGAUCACAAUGACGCAGCGCAUACGCUGACGCUCCAGUACGUAGAGGAACUGCAGAGCUUCCUGCGCCAACGCGGCUUUGAGCCAAUGAGCGACGACCUGCGCGAGCUGCAGACGCAGCGCCGCGUCGUGGAGCUGCUGCUGCUGUGGGCGUCCGAACAGGACAAGGAGAACCAGAGCAGCCUCAAGGCGCUGGACGUGCUGGACCCGGCGACGCUGCGGCGCGCGCAGCUGGCCAAGAAGCAGCUCGAGGGCCUCGUGGACGACGGCUACGCGUUCGGACGCCGCUUCAUGUCGGUGGUCGCGUACGUGGAGACGCUCGAGAGCCACGAGCUGCUGAUUGCGGCCAAGGAGCACGGACUGGAGCCGCCCAAGCUGGACGACAAGCAGGGAGCAGCUGUCAAGGCGCUGGACAGGGAGCUGCUCGGACUCUACGGCACGGCGGAGGGGCGGCCGCUGAGGUCGCUGACGCUCCGGCAGCUGGUGACGGAGGCGGAGGCUCGGGGGUUCAUGGGGCCUGGAGGAGAAAAGGCCAGAGAUGCCAAGGGCAAGAAGAGCAAACGCGCGUGGGUGGAUCUGCUGCGGCCCGUCAUGGUGACGGAGGUGAGGGCGGCCAAGAUCCGCGAGCAGGAGGAGGAGCUGCUGAGGCAGAAGCUCGUGGCGGAGCUGGAGCGCAAGAAGCAGAGGGAGCAGCACCAGCGCGUGGUACAAAUCAUUGAAACCGUGAUGAAGCAGAGUGUCGGUGCUGACUGUGCGGAGCCGGAGGACGAUGACGGUCUCGAAGACAACCAGGGCACCACCAGCAAGCAGUCGAAGCAGUCGCCCGACGAAGCUCGAAAGUACCUGAAGGCUCUAGCCAAGAGUGUUUGCAUACCUAGCGAGGCGCAGGAGGAUCCGCCCGCCCCACACAUGACAACGUCGAGGGGGCCCUUAGCCAAGAUGUCGUCAUUGCACCGUCGCCAGUCCGCGCUGAAUCUGCCUACGAGCGAUGACGGGUCCAGUACCAGUCCUCCAUCAGAGAUCCAGCCAGCUCUGUCGCUCACAGACGUUCAAGAUAAUGAAAAUACCUCGCAAGGGGAGCCCUCGCCCACAUCUCGGAGUUUCCGCGACAAACCCAGCAAAACGUCGGGGCUUUCAAGUCGCAGCAGCGGCAGACAAUUCCCAUUAGAAACAAACCCGGAACUCUACGACUCGCAAUCAAGCGCGACGGAACUCGGUCAACAAGCGUCCGAUACUCAGCGCAGUCGACGGGGAUCUCGCUCCAGACACCUGCGGACACUUUCGAGAGAUUUUGUACUACCUUCGAUGCCUUCUUCAUCCGUCCGACACGAAAACCUGACCAGUCUCAAGGACCAGUUCCUCAAAAUCAAGGAGCGGUUCUCCCCGUCCGUCCUACCGCUGUCGAACACUUCUACCGCCACAGUGACGCCGUCGUGCUUGGUUUCUGAGGUCACAACAGUAAAUAACAGCGCGUUGACCACCUCGUCGUCCGAUCAAGCCACUACCACCCAGGUAUUAUCAUCCAUACAAGCCCCGCCAGACCAUCAGACCGAAGGCAGCUGGGAACUACCGCAGGCUCGAGUAGAGCGCUGGUAUCGGGAGGACGACUUCUUCAAGGCCUGCAUCACUUGCUGGACGAUGGAGGCUGGGGCUGCCAUUGUCUCCAAGGUGGCGCGAGUGGUCUCCGAGUGGGCUUUGGACACCUCCAGUACCAGUAGCCAGACCCCACCGUCUACCAGCUCGAAUGCCAUUAACCCGGACGUGUCACUGCAAUGGAUCGGGCGACAGCUUUGGGCCGUCACCGUUUCACUGCCGCUCACGCGCUCGGGAGAGCUUCACGCGGAGCAUAUUACGCUGGCGCAUCGUAUCAACCAAGCUGUAGCUGAGAUCUCCAAGCAAACGAGCUCCCCGUUCAUUGGAUUGCCGACUGCGGAGACUCCAGCGGCUGGCGUUGCCAAUGAGGAGAGCAGUGAUCCGCAGCCUCCGCUCUCCCCUAUUCAACUUACGAGGAGUGACGACGACGACCUGAGCCAGGAGAAGCUCCAGUUGAGUCCCUUCAGCACGCUGGUGGCGGAGGAUAUCGAGGUUCUGCGGCUAUCACAAGCUCAAAUGGCCGACAAGAAGAGAGAAGACGGAGAUAGAGCUGAAUCUCGUGCGGAUGGAGAGCGGCAAAGAGAGGAGGCGGAGAUGUCGGCCGAUCGCGGCCAAAACGACGAAGAGGAGGAAGAAGACAGCAGCGAGCAAGUCUCCGCACUCCCGUUGUCGUGGUCCAUGCUCUCGUUAUCGUCGCAGCCCUCGGGAUCGUCAGAGCAUGCGUCGUUGCAGGGGGAAUUAUCUAUCACCGACGACGACAGUAUAACGGAUCCAGUGGCCCACCUGGCUCCAGAGAAGAUGGGCUGGCUCAAGAAGAAGAAACGCAAGCAACACGGCCUCGGCAGCGCCUGGCAGCCGCGCUACUUCGAGCUCAAAGGCAACCGGCUGUACUAUUUCGCUAGUGAAGCCGACGGUCUUCCGCGUGGUGCUGUACUGCUGGACCAUGCACUCGUUCAACGCGGUCGUGGUGACCACGCCAUGGCCUUCAGUAUCUCGAGUGCGAGCUCACACCGGCGACUGCAAGUCCUCAAGUUCUCAGCCAGACUCACGCACCAAGUCUUCCCGCGGAAAUCAAUUGAGCUGCGGGUUGUUGAGGAGACGGAGGCUGCUGUGUGUGCGUGGGUAGCAGCACUCAACCGCGCCUCCUUCUACUGCAAACUAGCAUCAGCCACAGCCGGCUCUUCAUCGACGCUACCAGCUCACUCCUCGUCGUCGUUUGGACCCUUCUCGACCCCCCACAAGAAGCGGAAAACGCCGUUCUAUCGCUUUCGGUCCCCUACAGCAACCAAGGCGGCACUCGCGUCUUCAGCGCUGUCACUAUCAGCUGAGAAGGAGCGGCAGGACGUGGAAGACGCCGACACGGAAGAGCUGCGGACCACCACCGCGCGCUGGACGGCAUCGUACCAGCAACUGGGGAGUGUGCAGUACUUACGCGAGACCGAUCCGCUGCUGUGGGAGAUCCACCCGCCAGAGCAGAUUGCGAUCCGCAAGAAGGCGGCACGCGCGCGGACACGCGGAGACUACCUGGCCAUCUUCUCGCGGCAUGCGGAGACCUUCGCUCAGAUCUUUUUGCCUAGACCGCAGCCGAUCUCCCUCGAGCAAACGCUGCGUGACAUUCUACCCGAGUUAUUCCUCAUCAAUGACACAUUAUACGGUGGAGGCGAGCAGCAGCAACAGCAACAAGCAGCGGAGCAAAACGCCGGUGAUUCUUCGACUCAACCGCAACAGAACCGCGGUCUUGAACACAUCUUUGAGGUGCUCGAUGCCCACAUCCAGCGCUUCGCGGCUGCCCCCGAGGAGCGCGUGCGCGCUGUGAGCGCCUUGUUGCAGGCGUGCGCACGAACGAUCAGCGGCGGCGACUCGUACUUCGUGGUGCAUCGAUUACUGGGCAACCCGAACCUGAUCAUCCGACCGGCUGAGGCGCGAGGACGGCCCAUUGAGAUCGACGUGUCGCCCGAGCGUCCGAGCCGCUUCCUGAUCACUGUGUUUAGCGCCUUCUCGUUCCAUUUGCUGGACGACGUGGAGCGCUUCGGCGACUCGAACGACGCGAGCGGCGGUGGGAUGACGCCCGCCCCGCUGCUGCGAGUUCGGACGCGGCAUAUUCAGGAGUUUGACUUCGCCAGCGGAACGUCCACGCGCUGGCUGCGUAUCGAUGUGGAAGGCCGCAAGGAAGACGGCAGUCCUGGGCAUGGCGGUGGAGGUGGAGGCAGCACUCUCGGACGUUGGGGCAGUCGGCGGCAGUCGCACGAAGGUGCUGCCGAAUCGCGUAUCGGAGCGUUGUUGGAUGCGCUGUCAUGA